AUGCUGCCAUCGACAAGAGCAGGACAGACGGGAAGGGGGGAUGAUGAUCAAACAACAGGAAAUGGACAGGAGGAAGGAUGGCUCAUGCAGGUAGUCAGGAUCCUCCAGCUGGCGAACCCAGCACUAUUGGCAGAGGAAGCAAUAGUAUGGGCCAUGGGUCUGGUCAACAUUAGCAACCAAGCUCCACGCAGGGAGACCGAAAAGAUCCCCAAGGAUGUAUCGAGCUCCAUUGCUCACAUCAAGAAGCUCAGCGAUAGCAAUUGGCACACCUGGGAACCCACCUUUAUCGACUGCCUCCAGAGAGUGCACAACGCGAAGGAAAUCCUGUAUGGUACUGUUGUACCUGGGAGCGAGGAAUACGAUGAAGACCUAGACAAGGCACUCGUGGGCCUCAUCCACGCCUGCUGCGAUAACAGCCCGGAUAGCCACAUCGACACCUAUACCAUCAGAGGGGUGGAUGAAGAAGUUCAACUUGGCAGCACACUCUAUGCCAAACUCAAGAAGGCACUAACACUAAACGACGCUGUAAAGCGAGCAGGACUGCAGGAUCGUAUCCACACAGUGCACUUGCACAAUCGAGACAUUGUCAGGCUAGGCAAGGAACUUGAUUCGAUCUGGAACGAUGCGGCACGCCUCGGAAAGCAUUUCGACGAGGACCUCAAGAAAUCAACUCUCUAUCGCUGCACGGCUCAAGAUUGGUUCUAUGCCAACACUGUCGAUGCACUGAAGACGGCCAGACCAGACUCAGUCGACAGGGGCGAGCGAUCAGCAUGCGACACCUGGAUCAUCGAUUCAGGUGCAACCCAUCAUAUGGUAAAUGAUGAGAGAAUGCUGCUCACCUCGACGAACAAGGUCGGCCAAAUCAGUACAGCUGGGGACGAAAAGCUUCAGGUGAAGGCUAUAGGAGAUGCCUCCCUUCGGGUCGGCUUGAUCGAGAAUGGUGCACGAGUAAUCUUUGACGAAUUUGGAACUACCAUAAAGCAGAAUGAUGGUACCCAAGUACAAUUCAAAAGGGACAGAAGACAGGGUCACUUCAAAGUGCAAGGGCAAGCACUGGCUUUGGAACUGGAGGAAACACGAGAUGAUGUCCCAGCGGACAACCAGAACACAGGAAAACUAGAUAAUGCCCCGGAGGGCAAUAAGGACAUGAAGCAUCGAGACAGCUACCUAUGGCAUGAGAGGUUCGGACACCCAGGACGAGACAAAACGAGACAAAUCCGGGCCCAUUACCUAGGUACCGAUGAGAAAAUGGAACAUGAGUCGAAGCACUGUAAUGCGUGCAGUCAAGGAAAACAGACUCGAGCACGGAUGGGCCAAUCAGAGUCGGAAAGAAUGGAGGCACCAUUAGAGCUGGUACACGUAGACCUGAUGACAGAUUUCAAAGGACAUGCCAACUACCACUACGCACUAGUUGCUGUGGACGACUUCUCCUCUCUGAUCUACAUGGAACCACUCUGCACAAAGAGCGCCACACUCAUGGCGCUGAGAAGGUGGAUAGCCAGGAUGGAACGGGCAACGGACAGGAAACUCAAAACACUCCGCAGCGACAAUGGAGGAGAAUGGUGCAGCAUAGCAGCUGAAGACUGGCAAACACAAGAGGGUUUCAAGUGGCAAAAGAGCGUCCCAGGGAUCAGCGUCCAAAAUGGACGGGCGGAGAGAGCAAUCAGGUCGGUCCAAGAAAAGAUGCGCUCGAUGCUGAUUGGUCGAGCUUGCCCCAGAGAGUUGUGGCCGUAUGCAAUCACAGCAGCAGCACACGUGAUGAACCUUACCCCGUCAGCCACCAAAACCAUUCCCCACGAGGCCUUUUAUGGAACCACCGCGCACAAGCUGGCCCAGCAGCUGCAAGUCUUCGGAUGCUUGGCAUGGGUUCAUAUUCAACAGAAGGACCAGCAGGGCAAGUACGGGGCUAGAGCAAAGCCAGCCAUCAUGAUUGGGUAUGACAACGAACACAAAGCAUGGAAGUUUUGCAACCCGGACCAGCCUGCGUCAAUUCAAUGGAGCAACUCAGCAACGUUCCAUGAGGACAAGGGAUGGAGUGAUCGCCAACAAGAGGCAGUCAGGCCCGUGGUGACUGCGGAGGUCGAGGAGGAGGGUGUCACACCAGCCACAGUGGAAGAGGAGACCAAAUCAGAGGCCGCAGUAGAGGAUCUCCUACCAGCCGUAGACAGCACAGUAGGCGCCGCCAACACAGCAAUACUGAACCUGGACCCAAUGCUUGGGGAAGCAAUGAAUGGAGUACCACUUGUGGACUCUAAGGUUGUGCUUCGGCUGAAGCUUGACGCUGAUGGUGUACCUGUUAAGCACAAGGCGCAACUGGUCGCAAGGGGCUUCACACAGAGAGAGGGGAUCGACUACCAAGAAACCUUCUCUCCAGUAGCACCCCUCGGAGUGAUCAGAGCCAUCUUAGCACUAGCGGUGCAGAACAACUGGGAGGUACAUGCUCUGGACAUCACUAUGGCUUACUUGAACUCCACAUUAAAGGAAGCAAUCUACAUGAAGCUGCCAGAAGGAUCAGGAGUAGCACCCAGCAAGGUGUACAAGGUAGUCAAGGGUCUAUAUGGCCUAAAGCAGUCUGGGCGAGAAUGGAAUCAGGAGUUCGACAGGUCUUUGCGACACAUGGGAUUCUUCCAGGUAGAGUGCACUCCCUGCAUCUACACCAAGGGACAGGGUGAAGAUAUGGCCAUUGUGGUUAUCUACAUCGAUGAUACAUUAGUCAUAGCACCACGGCUGGAAACGGUCCUAAAGGUUAAGAAGCAGAUUGGUCAGAGAUGGAAGAUGGAAGAUAGCGGUGAGGUCUCUCACUUCUUGGGCAUCAAAAACAGUCGAGACCGUGCGAUGCACACCAUGACGAUUGGUCAGUCAGGGUACAUUGACCAAGUGCUGGCAAAGCACCUGGACAAACGUACGAAGCCGACCAUGGUUCCAAUGCAGAGCAUACCGGAGGGAACCCUUAUUGCAAGUGCAGCACAACAGAGGGAGUAUCCGGUGAUUGUUGGCAAGCUGCUCUGGGUUGCCAACAGCACCCGGCCCGACCUUAGUCUCACCGUGGGUGUUCUUGCUAGGCACAUGCGUGAACCAUCACAGGAGCAUUAUCAAGCAGCACAAAGGGUCUUACGCUACCUCGAAAGCACAAGGCAGGUUGGAUUGGUUUAUAGAGCAAGUGAGUCGCAAGAGCCACUGGUUGCACACAGCAAUGCAAACUGGGCAAGCGAUGCCACCAUACAGAGAAGGAGCACAUCGGGGUCAGUGGCGUUAGUGUAUGGGAAUCCAGUAGCCUGGAAGUCAGCGACACAAAAAUGCAUGUCAUUGUCCGCUGUUGAGGCAGAGUUCAUUGCAGCCACAGAAGCAACACGUGAGGUGCUCUUCCUCAAGCAGCUGCUAUGCUCAAUUGGCAUUGCCACAGACACACCGAUGGUCUACUCGGACAACACUGGUUGCAUACAGGUUAGUAAGGACCCAGCACAGCACUGGAAGCUUAAGCACAUCGACACCAAGUAUCACUUCGUCCGUAACAAUGUCCAAGAGGGAAGGGUGCAGAUCAAGUACGUAGACACCACAAGAAACUUGGCAGACGUACUCACAAAGCCCAUUGGGAGACAGGCAAUGCAGCAAGCAAGAUCUGGGCUACACCUGCAAAUACCAGCAGCAGUGUACGAAAUGGGGUCCCCGAGCUAUGCGACAGUGUUGAAGAACGGAGGUCACACCUUGAAACAACAGCAUAAUGAACAGGGUACAUAUGCUGUUGAGGGGGGGAGUUGA